AUGCCUCCUCGCAUUUCUGUCCAGCCUUCCUUGAAGGCUUUUACAGGAUCAUCCCAUGGACACAAUCCGCUGGCCGCUCUGUCCAACGCAGCCCAGACUUCGGUGAGGGCUGCAUCCAGCAAGCCUCAAUCGCGGAGGAGAUAUGAUCCCUUCUUGAUCGCCCAAGCCCGCCAGCGCAAGGCCGCCAAUAUCUCACGACAAAAGACUCUCGCGGCCGAACGGGAAGCAUCGAUCGGCGAUCCUCUUGAGAGCAAACCAACACCUUUUAUCCAAGAUAUCGUGUCACUCCAGACCCAGCAGAUCCUUCCGGAUGCAGCUACCGAGUUCAAUCACUACCUUACAUCCGAUGAUUUCCUCCGAGCCUUGGAAUAUUCCAAGGAGUUGACCGAACCAUUGAAGAACCCGGACCGCGACACGGCGGAUCCCCGGCAAGAGGAGGAGGCCGAUGAGCUGCACAGCAAGCAGCACCAAAAUGCUCGAGAAGCUAUUCGUCGCAUCAUUCACCUCAACAAUGGCAACAACAAAGAUCGCGUACGGCUUAACAUCCAAAAGUGCAUCGAGAAGCUUGGACGACACAAUACCGACCCCAUUCUUGCUGCCAAACCUGCGAGUGUGACACACCCCAAUGCUCCUGUCUACCCGAAGAAGGCUCAACGCAUUGGCCCGGAUACAGGCUCGCCGGAAGUCCAGGCCUCGAUCCUCACCGUGAAGAUCUUGAAUCUCACUCGACACCUUGAGACCACGAACAAGGACAUGCACAACAAGCGCAACCUCCAAUUGCUCAUCCACAAGCGACAGAAGCUGCUGAAGUACCUCCGGAAGAAGGAACGGGGAGGACCCAGAUGGCAGAAUCUGAUGGAGACAUUGGGCCUGUCUGACGCAGCAUGGAAGGGGGAGAUUGCACUCUAG